AUGGAGACGACAAAAACACCAUAUGAUGUAUUAAAAAAUAUUUUUCCAGAUAUCACAAAAGAAGUUAUUGACAAAAUUUUAGAAAAGAAUUUUUAUGACCUUUUAAUAUCAUUAUUUUAUUUAAAAAACCUAGAAUCAGCAAAUUUCGAGUAUAUUAACGAAGAUGAUCAAAAUGAAUAUUAUGGGUCAGUCUGUAAUGGGUUUCAAAAUAGAGUAAAGGAUAUUUGUAUCUACGAUUUACAGGGUAUUUGUCAAAAGGGUGAAAAAUGCGAAUAUCAACAUUCAAAUAAUUUACCAUUUAAAGCAAAUUGCAAGUUCACACUCAAAGCGUGCAGACUUGUAAACUGUCCAUAUAGACAUUCUCCAGAAACUAUAAUUUGUAAACAUUGGUUAUAUGGCAAUUGUAAGAAUUCACAAUGCCCGUUCACUCAUGACCUAACACCAUCAUUCACAUAUUUAGAAGAUAACAAUAACCAUAACAACAAAAAUAACAAUAACAAUAACAAUAACAAUAACAAUAACAAUAACAAUAACAAUAACAACAAUAACAACAAUAACAACAAUAACAAUAGCAGUAAUAAUAAUAAUAAAAAUUGUAAUACUAAUUAUAAAAACACUCAUUUUAUUUAUAUUGAGGAUACUCAAGAGGACUAUCCUUCACUUGGUAAUUGUUCAAAAAAAAUCAAAUCAAAAACUAAGAAGCACCAAAUAGAAGCAUCUGAUUUUAUAAUACUUCAAAAUUUAAAGAAUGAAUUUACACAAGUAAAAGAAAUGGAUUUAAAUAAAGAGUUUGUAGAUAAAAAAUAUUCAUAUGACGAAACACGUAAAGGUCUUGUAGAAAAAUAUGGCUUACCACCCAAACCAAUAAAUAAAGCAAUAGAAGAAUCAAGUAUAAAAAAUAAUAUCAAUACUUAUAUAUCUGAUGGCAGUGAAGGCAAUACUUAUAUAUCUGGUGGCAGUGAAGGGUCAAGAUGGGUGGAUACAGGUGUCGACGUUUCAUUGUUAUAUCAAAAGAAUAGGCAAAUGGCCAUCGAGCAUGCAAGAAAUAGAAACUGGUAUUUCAAUCAAGCCGCCAUAUCUUAUGGUACUAGUGCAACUCGGUCACAUGAGUGUUCAAAAAAAGCCAAAGAAUUUGAUAAAUUAAUGAAAGAAUGCAAUGCUAAAGCUAAGAAUAUUAUUUUUUCAUCUAGAAAUAAAGACUAUGAUCCAGAGAAAAAUAAUGUUUUAGAUUUUCAUGGCCUUCAUGUAGUUGAAGCUAUUGAAAGAUUAGAACAUUUUAUAAAAUAUUUGCCAAAAAUCAUAGUUGGAACAGGACAUCAUUCUACCAGUAGUUCAAGAUUACCAAAUAAAAUCAAGGAAUAUCUUGACCAAAAUGGUUACGAUUAUAAAGAUGUAUCCCCCGAUAAAAGAGGUGGUUUAUUGCAAAUUUUGAAACCAAAAAAAUAA